AUGUCCGAAGAACAAAGCCAACUUUUAAGCAAUAGUGAGACUCGUACAAGUACCAUCGCUGAAGAAACAGCAAAGUUGUUACAAUUACAACAAGACAUAGCCAACCUAGAAAAACAAAAUGCCCAUCAAGCUUCCGGUAUCAUAAUUGGGACAACAGUACCCAGUCUACAACACGACUCUGUGCCAGUGAUACACAACAACGACGGAAAUAGUAAUGGUUCUGUGGGCACUGUAGGUGUCCUGACUCCAACUAGCUCAGGUGUCAUUGGCCAUACUGUUGCUUCUCCUUCUUCUCAACCUGUAAUUGACUAUGCUGCAAAAGAGCAAGUUGAUUCCAGAUCAGUUUAUGUCGGAAAUGUAGAUUAUAGUACCACACCGGAAGAAUUACAACAGUUGUUUAAAGAAAAAGUUAGUGUUGUGCAGAGGGUUACCAUAUUAACAAAUAAAGUGACUGGGCAGCCUAAGGGUUAUGCUUAUGUAGAAUUUGGAGAUCCUUUAGAUGUGGCCAAAGCUUUAGAUUUAGAUGGAUACGAAUUCAAAGGCCGUCAACUAAAAAUUAAUUCUAAAAGAACAAAUAUACCUGGUAUGAAACGUGGCGGUUUCAGGGGUGGUAGAGGCGGCAGAGGUGGUUUCAGAGGUGGUUUCAGGGGUGGUUUCAGAGGUGGUAGGGGUGGUUCUAGUAGAGGAAGAUUUUCACCAUAUUAG